AUGCCAGAAGUCAGAACUAGUUAUCUGAAUUCUCUCAAGGAAGGAAAAGAAGAAAAAGAAAAAGUAAAAGGUGCUCCUGCUAAAGGAGGUCGCAAGAAAGCUUCCACCUCUAAGCCUGCUGCAUCAGAAGAUGUUUCAGAAGCUGCUCCUGAAAGUGUUUCAGUUGCAACUAAGAAGAAUGAAAAGGAAUCUGCUGAGAAGAAGAAUAAGAAGAAGAGAAAGAUGAAUAAAAAUGUUGAUACUGAAAAGGCUGUUGAGAAGAAGAAGGAAAGAAAAAGAAAGUUGAUCAUUGAUGCCUCAGAUGAAGAUGAGGAAGUUCAAGAAGCUGUGAAUCAGAAAGCAGAAGCUGUAAAUCAGCAAGAAGAAAUCACUCAAGGACCAACAACUCAAGAAGUUGAAGAUUUGUGA